UUUUCUCCCGUAUCUCUCUCACUGUGAUCACCUAUUGACGCCCGUAGCGACCCCUCAGAGAAUAAAGAGACCCCCGUCCCCCAACCACUUCUCUCCCGCCGCCGCUACCGUCGUCUGCAAAGCCUCAGCCUCAGUCUCGUACGGCGCGAGCCACGCAAAUAUACCACCACGAUCAUCGUCAGAAUGUCCUUCCUCGGAGAAUCAAGCGCAUCAGAGCCGUCGAUGCCGUCAAUAGAGGACGUCAAGGAGUUUGGACGAGUCCUCGAGAAUAUGCUGGGAGACUCAGGUCGGGCAACCGCAAGUAAGGUGGCCGCCAAACUCUCCACUCUCGUAUCGCCCAGUCCGACGUCAACUCACUUCGCAGCAAGGGUCAUCAAUCAUCUUCCAACAGAUCGCAUAGUUGCGAUCCUCUUCCCCGAGCUGCCGCCUUGGCUCGCAACUGCCUGCUGGCUCUCAAGGCUCAUCGCUUUCCUCAUUCUCGCGCCGAUCCUUCUUGUCGGUCUGGUCGAUUUUGCAGAGUACGCCGUUGUUCGGACGCUAGGCAUGCGACGUCGCAAGCUGCGAGUCAAGCCCAGCAGCGGCACCAACGGCACCUCAUCGUCGUCCUCUCACAAGCCCAGCUCGCGAUAUCACAACCGCAUGCGCCUUUCACCCGCUCAAAUGCGCAAAGGCCAACAUGCAGGCUACUUCAGUCCUGCUCCUCUCCUGGCGCCUGGAGCAUACGAUGCCGACGCCCUACUGCGACACCGCGCCCGCAGCACCUCUUCAGCGUCAUUCGAAGCCCUCGAAGAAUGGCAAAGGACCGGCGGGAGCUUCGCGCGAGUAUCAGAAGUACGCAUGGCAGCCUCCUCAGCCAGUGGGGCGUCCUCGCCCGAAGGGGAUGGAGCUCCCUCUCCCUCGGCCAGGGCCAGCGUUGGAGUCGAUGGCCCGUUAGGCCUCAGCGAGUCAGAUGCAGAAGAUAGCGGUGCAGAGAGCGGGUCGCAGAGUCCCGAAAUUGGCUGGAGACAACGACAAGGCUUGAAGCACUCGAUGCUCAACUUUACGCCUAUGGAGACAGGAAAGAAGCAGCAGCUCGGAUUGGACGUGGUGGACGAUGGCACGCCUCGACUAGGCCAACAGGGUUGGGUCAACAUAACUAGCUCGAGCGACAAGGAGAACGAGACCGUGACGCCCAGCGGCGUCGUUGCUGCGGCCAUGGCAGCAGACUUGGAGCCUGACUUUGAGGCAGCGGCCGCUCUCGCAGCUCCAACGACUAGAUCGAGCGAUGCGUAGAGAUGCGGCCAGAGUGAGAGGCAGAAGGGCAGGCGUGGUUCCAUUUGCUUGGUUUCAAGUUGUUUAUACAGACGCCUCUCUCACCAGACGCCCCUCUAACCACCCUCAAGAUUGUACUAUAUAUCCUGUUGCGGCGUCACGAUAUCCAUCCGACUGGAGAGGAGCACUGGUCCGACGGCUGAAGCGGCCAUCAAUGCAUUGCCAAUUCUAGGUUG